CCGGACAAAAAAAAAUAAUCCGUCAGAGACAGGUUUCCCGUAUCGUAUCCCGUUUUCAUAAUUUUGCGGAUUUCAACAAAUAAUUUAGACCAAAAUUGUUAUUUUAAAUGUCAAAAGAGACGAAAUAAUGGAAGUGGUCGGUAUCUGCCGCUGCUGCCUAGCUCAGGGGCUGAACAAAGACUUGCAUUCCAGUUAUCUUUGGUUGGACAAAAAAGAAAACUAUGCUGAUAUGUUACAGCAAUGCUUCAGUAUUACUCUGACAUCAAAUGGCAACAAAGCGGCCGGUAUCUGUGACAACUGCAUCAAGACUCUGCGCACGUCAGUAACAUUUAAACAGCAAGUGCUCCAUGCUGACGAGGAGUUCCAGAAGUUAUUACAGAAUGUUGAUAAAGAAGACCCCAAGAUGAUCAAGAUAAAAAUAGAGCCCGGAGGGGACAGUGGAGACGAUUCUGAUGAUUACUAUUUGGCAGACACAGCAAGUGUUCAAAAUUCGACUCCUCCAAAGGUGAAAAACGAAAAGGAGCCAGUUAAGAAGAAAGCAGAACCGAAGAGAACUAGACAGAAGGCAGUCAAGAAAUCUUCUGAAGAAGAGAAGGCGUGGAAGAAUGAGAAGAUCAAAACCCUUGUGUCUAGGCUCGCUACUUCUAUCAAAUCAUGUGACAUGCCAGACAUGAAAAAACCAGCAAAGAAGACUGAAGUAAAACCCAAGAAAACCAGACUAAAAUUAACCAUACCCUCAGCUGAUUCUAAAAUCAACUUACUAUGGACCGGCCAGCCUCACCAUGAAAAACUAAAACAUAAAGAAAACUUACAGACUAUACUAAAGUUCUCCAACGCUACACCGUUUACGAAUAAAACUUUAUUAGGCUAUUCCUGUGGGUAUUGUGAUCUAAGCUACCCGGACCCGGCUGAUCUCAGACAUCAUACUGAAACAUCCCAUCAGAAAGAACGAUUAAACUUUAAAGCAAAUUUUGAUAUGAGCGAGUACAAUGUCAAAGUUGAUGUUACCGAUCUAACCUGCUCUUUGUGCGAAGAAAAAAUGGACAGCGUCGGCAUUUUCAAGGAACAUUUAGUGAAACAACACAGUAAAACAAUCUACAAUGAUAUUAAAGAUCAUAUAUUACAGUUUAAGCUGAAAAAAGGUGAAGUAUAUGACUGUGCUAUGUGUCCGUCUACAUAUGAGACGUUUAAAAUGUUAAAACAGCAUAUGAACAAACAUUAUAGUAACUAUACUUGUUCUAUUUGUGAUACCUCGUUUGCUACAAAACGAUCACUAACCGCACAUAGAACAACCCACGAAGAGGGUAGUUUUAAAUGUGAUCAUUGUGAAAAAGUCUUCCCGAGCCGUACAAAGAAGCAUUAUCAUGAAAAAAUGAAGCAUUUAGGAGCGAGAAAUAUUUCAAACUGUCCGUAUUGCAACGUUCCCUUCCGCAGUUACUACCAACGUAAUCAGCAUUUAGUGAAAGUGCAUAACAAUGAGGCUCAGUAUAAGUGUAAUGUGUGUAAUAAGGCCUAUAUACUAAAGAGUUUGUUAAUGUACCAUAUAAAAAAAAGUCAUUUGAUGGAACGGAACUGUCAGUGUACGGAAUGUGGGUAUCGGUUUUUCAGUAAGAAGGCUUUAAAAGCACAUAUGGUUAAACAUACAGGUGAAAGAAUAUACUCUUGCGAAGUUUGUCAGAAGUCCUACGCUAGGAAGUAUACUUUGAGAGAACAUAUGAGGAUUCAUAAUAAUGAUAGACGUUUCAAGUGUGAAGUUUGUAAUAUGACCUUUGUACAAAAAUGUAGUUUGAAAAGUCAUUUGUUGUCCAAUCAUGGCAUCAGUGUGGCAGCUUCUGAAAUUAUACAAAAAACUUAGUUGUUAUUUUUAUAUUGAUCAGAAUUAAAUUCCGUUUCCAAUA